CGGGGCCGAGGGUCCCCUCCAGGGCUCCCAGCCGGCGAGCCACAGCCGUCUCCCGCGUCCAGUGGCCCGAUUCGCUUAACAUGGGUCACUUUUCUCUCCCCCCACCCCACCCCCAGGCUGGACCUCCCGUGAGCGGAGACACCCACGAUUGUGUGGAAACACUGGAGAGAACCGCCUCCCGAUGACCCGAGAUCAGUAGUCGCCGAUUUGUGUUGGCCGAUCGUUUUCCCUAUAGCAGGGGCGCAUGGACCAGAGUGAGCAGUAAAUUUCUGUCGCUGGUUACAAACUAGGAAAGAAGCAGGCAACAGGCUGAGACUGCCGCGAAGACCUAAGAAUGUCCAGCAGUCAAUCUCCUGACUCCGGGGGGACUGAACCGGAUGACCUUGCAGGACCCCGGGCCAGCGGCACCCAAACCCCCGAUGACCUUGCCGGACCCCGGGCCGACCGCCCUGAGGCCCCAGGGAAAGACUCUGAUGAAAGGUGGAGCCAGAAAUACCAGCUUCCGUGCAAAUACCUGGAGAGCAGCCACAGCGAACAGCAAGACCGGGACAGAGUUUCUGAAGAACUGAUGACAGUUGUCCGAGAAAUGAAAAAAUACUCCCCGUCGUGGAGACACCGUAAACCGAGCACCCUGGAUGCCCUCAACUAUGCCCUCCGCUGUGUGCACAGCGUACAAGGACACCUUCGUGGCCGUGUUCUCAUUGGUGUCUGGGAGGGUGGUGCACAUCUCCGAGCAGGCGCCUUCCGUCCUGAACUGUCGGAGAGAGUCCUUGGCGUCCUCUCACUUCGCGGAGCUGCUUGCCCCUCAAGAUGUGAGGAUGUUCUACACGCACACGGUCCACGCUCAGCUUCCCGUCUGGAGCGACUGGACCCAAAGAGCAUCGCGGUACGAACUGGCUCCCGUGAAGUCCUUUUUCUGCAGGAUCCGCGGAGGCGGCGGCCGAGGGCAGCGUUACGCCCCGUUCCGGGUGAUUCCCUAUUUGAUUCACGUGCGGCCGCAGUCGGAGCCGCAGCCGGAGCCGGAGCCCUGCUGCCUCGCGCUGGCCGAGAAGAUGUUUGUUUCCUAGCUCCUCGGAUCCCUGUGGAUAAAAGGAUUUUCACCACAACACACACUCCAGGCUGUGUUUUUCUUGAAAUAGAUGACCGGGCUGUGCCUUUGCUGGGGUACCUGCCGCAGGACCUGGUCGGCACGUCCAUCCUCGCGCACCUGCACCCGGAAGACCGCUCGCUGAUGGUCGCCGUCCACCAGGAAGUGCUGCGGUCCGCGGGCCACGCCCCCUUUGAGCACCGGCCCGUUCGCUUCUGCACACACAACGGCGACUACGUCACCCUGGAUUCCAGCUGGUCCGGCUUCGUGGACCCGUGGAGCCGCAAGGUGUCCUUCAUCAUGGGCCGGCACAAAGUGCGGACGAGUCCGCUGAAUGAGGAUGUUUUUGCUGCCAGAAUAAGCAAGAUGGACAAUAACAACAAAGACAUAACGGAAUUACAGGAACAGAUUCACAAACUUCUGUCACAGCCAGUCCACGGGAGCGCCUCCAGUGGCUACGGCAGCCUGGGGAGCAGCGGGUCCCAGGAGCAGCACGUCAGCGUGACCUCCUCCGGCGAGUCCAGCGGGCCGGGGGCGGAGGACGCCCAGAAGGAGCCGUUGACUUUGCAGCAGGUCUAUGCCAGUGUAAACAAAAUUAAAACCCUGGGGCAGCAGCUGUACAUCGAGUCCAUGACCAAACCACCCAACAAGCCAGCGGUGGGGACGCGCGCAGGACGGCCCAGUGGUGAGCAGAAGGCCUUUUCUCCCGUACAGCCCUGGAAGAAUGAGAGCGUGCACACUGAGUCUUGUCAGGGUUUGAGGAAAGACCAGCAUAGCCCCUCCUACCAGCAAAUCAACUGCAUCGACAGUGUCAUCAGAUACCUGAGGAGCUGCCGCACCCCAGCCCUGAAGAGAAAGUGUGUCUCCUGCACAAAUACCACUUCGUCCUCAGAAGACGACCGGCAGGCCCACAAGGCAGACGAUGCCCACGCCUGGCGAGCUGCGUCUCGCAUCCCAUCAGCCCCUUCACCAGAAGUGCCAGCUCACGGACGGGCCACCGGUGCCGAGGGCGGAGCUGCACGGACCGAGGCCAGGGCGGCACCGAGCCUGGGCUCCGGCAUCAGCCAGUGCAGCUACAGCAGCACCAUGGUCCACGCCCCGCCCCCAGAGCCAGCAGAACCGACUCCGGCCGAGGACACCGCCCCCGCCUGCAAGCCCUGGGUGCCCGGCACCCUGCCGGCCCCGCUGACCGCAGAGGAGUUUCAGCACGUGGGGCUCACCAAGGCCGUGCUGUCGGCGCACACGCAGAGGGAGGAGCAGGACUACGUGGACAGGUUCCGGGAGAAGAUGCUGUCCUCCCCCUACAGCUCCUACCUGCAGCACGAAGGCAGAGGACAGGCCACGAGUUCAGAUGGUCAAGGAGCCUCCUCUCCCAGGCAGGCCAGGCCUCCUGGGGGCAAGAAGGGGAAGCACAAGCGGAAGAAGCUGCCGGAGCCACUGGGCAGCCGGGGUGCGGAGGACGCCUGCUGUCCCCACUUCAGAAGGGACGUCCAGGACGCUCAGCCCUGGAGCCUGCCCCCUGCCCCCCCUCUCCACGCCCCCGGCCUGGCGUUCCCGGCUGCGGUGGUGGCUCCCGGCCAGGCCCUUUCUUACCUCGUGCCAGUGUUGCCCUUGCCCACCGUGGCCCCGGAGGGGCACUGCCUGCCUUUCCCAGAUGUGCCUUCACCUUACACGGAGACUUUCCUAACCAUUGUGCUUCCUGGCCCCUCUGUGUGCCCUCUAUGGGCACCGUCCUUCUCUCCAUACCUGUAUUUGGGCGCAGCAGGCCCUUCUGAAACGCCACCCUCAGUACCAACAGCAGCUCCCAGUGUGGAACCACCGCCUCCAGUCACCACCCAGAGGGGCGCUGGGCAGAGCUGGGAGACGCAGAGCGCAGGGCGCCCGGGCCCCAGCUCCAGGGGCAGCUCGCCGCUGCAGUUGGCCUUGCUGCAGGAGGACAGGCCCCCGUCUUGCGAGUCUGCAGAGCAGCAGUGUGCUCCAGGCAGCAGCGGGGAGAACAGCCAUUUCUCUGCCAGGGACCUGUCCCCGGGGCCCCUGCCCAGGGAGUCCCCACCGGGACCCGGCUCUGCGGCAUCAGGGAGCAGUGGCAGCAGCAGGUGCCUCUCUGGUAGCGACGGCUCCUCUGAAGUCGCCCCCGAUGGGCAGCAGCCUCGGGAAGUGCGGGCGGCGGACGCCGUGCCCCACGUGGCCGAGGAGCCCGUGUGGAGGAUGAUAGCGCGGACACCCGAGUGCGUCCUCAUGACGUACCAGCUGCCCGAGAGGGCUGUGCCUCCUGCAGGGACAGAGCCGCGGGCGGUGACGCGGGAGGAGCCUGCGGCCAGGACCCCGGACCCGGACGGCAGCUGAGUGGCUGUGAGGUGCCGAGCACAGCCUCCCGGGACAUCUCGGAGCCCCUGACUGUAAAUGACCGCGACGUUGUCCUUGAACGCUAAGGUUUCUCCUCCUCGGCCCCUCGAUGGACUCGCGUCUCCGAAGCAGACUUGGUAUAUAGAACCUUUUCCUUCUCCCUGUUCCCGGCGUAUGAAAACACAGUCGGCUUUUUCUGGCUCAGCCGUGCCGGAGGACUGGAGGGCUUCACAGAGCUGUGUGUGCAGCAGAGGGAGGGAUAGUGAGCGUAGACUGCACAGCCCACCCAGACCUCCGCCUCAUGGCCUUGGCUCUGCUGCUGCAUCUGUCAUUCCCGUCAGAAGACGAGGGGAGUCCUGCCCAGGGCCCUGCGCCUCCCGUGGUCCCUAAACUGUCCAGUCAGCACAGGUGACACUGCCCCAUGACCAGCAUCAGGCGCCCGUGAGUCACAGCACGCGGCCCUCCUGUUCGCCGAUGGCACAGGGGUGCCGAGCUCCGAGGGCAUCUGGACCUUCAUCCGCACAGAGGCUCCCUCUCGGGCUCCACCUGCCACGGAACCCGAGUCUCAUCUGCAGAAGCGACCCGCUGCAGCCAGCUCAUUCCUGGGCCGUUGAAGUUCGCUUUCGCAUGUGAAAGCUGACUCAAUCAGUGGUAUUUCCUUUUUAAUGCCUUUGUUUUUAUGAUUGUAAAUCAUACAGUCAUAAUCAAUGGUUGUAAAUCAUACAUCAGUGAUUAUAAAAAGUUUUGUAGAAAUUAA